GGAGCGGGGAAUGCUUACCUAAGAGUGCUCAGGGGAGCACCGCUUCUUCCUGACAAAUUUUUUCUUUUCCAGGUGAAACAGGCGACCAACCAGAUUGUGAUGAACUGUGCUGACAUUGACAUCAUCACAGCUUCCUACGCGCCGGAAGGAGAUGAAGAGGUACAUGCCACAGGGUUCAACUACCAGAAUGAGGAUGAGAAGGUUACUCUCUCCUUUCCUAGUACUCUUCAGAAAGGGACGGGCACGCUAAAGAUAGACUUUGUAGGGGAGUUGAAUGAUAAAAUGAAAGGCUUUUACCGAAGCAAAUACACCACCCCUACCGGAGACACGCGCUACGCUGCUGUCACUCAGUUUGAGGCUACUGAUGCUCGCAGAGCUUUCCCUUGCUGGGAUGAGCCUGCUAUUAAGGCAACAUUUGAUAUUUCUUUGGUGGUUCCUAAAGACAGAGUAGCUUUGUCAAAUAUGAACGUCGUGAAGCCGUACCCGGACGACGAAAACCUGGUGGAAGUGAAGUUCGCCCGCACCCCCGUCAUGUCGACGUACCUCGUGGCGUUCGUGGUGGGGGAAUACGACUUUGUAGAGGCCAGGUCCCUCGACGGCGUCUUAGUGCGUGUUUACACCCCCGUGGGCAAAGCGGAACAAGGAAAGUUUGCGUUAGAGGUUGCUGCUAAAACUCUGCCUUUUUAUAAGGACUACUUCAAUGUUCCUUACCCUCUUCCUAAAAUUGAUCUCAUAGCUAUUGCAGACUUUGCUGCUGGUGCCAUGGAGAACUGGGGCCUUGUUACUUAUAGGGAGACUGCGUUGCUCAUUGACCCCAAAAAUUCCUGUUCUUCAUCUCGCCAGUGGGUUGCUCUGGUUGUAGGCCAUGAACUUGCUCACCAGUGGUUUGGAAACCUCGUGACCAUGGAAUGGUGGACCCAUCUCUGGCUGAAUGAAGGAUUUGCCUCCUGGAUUGAAUACCUGUGUGUAGAUCACUGCUUCCCGGAGUACGACAUCUGGACUCAGUUUGUUUCUGCUGAUUACACACGAGCUCAAGAGCUUGAUGCCUUAGACAACAGUCAUCCCAUUGAAGUGAGCGUUGGCCACCCCUCCGAAGUAGACGAAAUCUUCGAUGCUAUUUCUUACAGCAAGGGAGCAUCUGUCAUCCGAAUGCUCCAUGACUACAUUGGCGAUGAGGACUUCCGGAAAGGAAUGAAUUUAUAUUUAACAAAGUUCCAGCAGAGGAAGGCCGCCACAGAGGAUCUCUGGGACAGCCUGGAAAAAGCCAGUGGUAAACCCAUUGCCGCUGUGAUGAACACAUGGACCAAACAGAUGGGAUUUCCUCUCAUUUAUGUGGAAGCUGAACAGCAAGAAGAUGACAAAGUGUUGAAGUUAGUCCAGAAGAAAUUCUGUGCCAGUGGACCAUAUACUGGGGAGGAUUUUCCAAUGUGGAUGGUGCCCAUAAGUAUUUGUACAAGUGAUGACCCCACCUGUGCCAAAAUGCAAAUAUUGAUGGACAAGCCAGAGCUCACCUUGGUGUUGAAAGACGUCAAACCAGACCAGUGGGUGAAGUUAAACCUUGGAACAGUAGGGUUUUACCGUACUCAGUAUAGCCCCGACAUGCUGGAGAGUUUAAUACCAGCCAUCAAAGACCUCUCCCUACCCCCUGUGGACAGGCUUGGCCUGCAGAACGAUCUUUUCUCUCUGGCCCGAGCUGGAAUCAUUAGCACUGUAGAGGUUCUAAAAGUCAUGGAAGCUUUUGUGAAUGAGCCCAAUUAUACUGUGUGGAGCGACCUCAGCUGUAACCUGGGGAUUCUCUCGACUCUCUUGUCCCACACAGACUUCUAUGAGGAAAUCCAGGUGUUCGUGAAAGAUGUCUUUUCACCAAUAGGGGAGAGACUGGGAUGGGACCCCAAGCCUGGAGAGGGUCAUCUAGACGCCCUUCUGAGAGGUCUGGUCUUGGGCAAACUAGGAAAAGCUGGCCACAAGCCAACGUUAGAAGAAGCCCGACGCCGAUUUAAGGACCAUGUGGAAGGAAAACACUUGCUGUCAGCUGAUCUGAGGAGUCCUGUCUAUGUCACUGUUUUGAAGCACGGAGACAGCACGACUUUAGACACGAUGCUGAAGCUUCACAAGCAAGCGGACAUGCAGGAGGAGAAGAACCGAAUUGAACGAGUUCUUGGAGCCAUCUCUCAACCAGAACUGAUUCAAAAAGUUCUCACCUUUGCACUUUCAGAAGAGGUACGUCCCCAGGACACGGUAUCUGUUAUUGGUGGAGUAGCUGGAGGCAGCAAGCAAGGGAGGAAAGCUGCUUGGAAAUUUGUAAGGGACAAUUGGGAGGAACUUUAUAAUCGAUACCAAGGUGGAUUCUUAAUAUCCAGACUAAUAAAGCUAACAGUGGAUGGAUUCGCAAAUGAUAAAAUGGCCGCUGAAGUUAAG